GCACAAUGAGCUUCAGCUAGCGCUGGGCCGUGCAAACCCUAACCGCCGCCCACCGCCAUGGAUCGGGCGGCAUGCAUAGAGUUCGUGGCGAGCGGCGGAGCGCUAGCUCUGUCAAUGCUAUAUAUAUAUAUGCUCCGCCACUGCUCGUCGCUAAUUCGAUCGGCAGCGCGGGCAUCGGAGCAGCUAGCCACGCAUGCAUCAGCCAAGCUUGGAUGGAAUGGAGCAGCUGGGACGGUUCCAGAUGAUUAAAUAUUAUACUCCGUACAAAUUAUACAGCAUCCCAAAUGGAUUCUUUGUAACCGAACAAGUCAGGAUGAAUACGGCGGGCAUCGGAGAAAGUAAACGGGACGGCGGGCAGCUGAGGAGUCAAACGAGAGAGAUCGAGAGAAAGAAAGGGAGGGCAUCCACCAGCCGCCGGCGAUAAGAGGGGAGGAGAGAGAGGCCAGAGAAGAGGAGGAGAAGAAGAAGAAAAUGAGCAGCUGCCUCUGCCUUCCGAAAAAAAAGGAGGGGCCAGCGAAGGAGAAGCCGUCCACAGAUACCCCCACCUCGUCACUCCUUCAGAACCAGAAGCCCUCCCAACCUCCACCUCCUCCCUCCAAGGCUUCCUCCAAGGGCAUGGACCCCACCGUCGAGCGCUUGAAGAGCGGGUUCCAGAAGUUCAAGACCGAGGUCUAUGACAAGAAGCCGGAGCUGUUCGAGCCUCUCAAGUCCGGCCAGAGCCCCAGGUACAUGGUGUUCGCCUGCUCCGACUCCCGCGUGUGCCCGUCGGUGACACUGGGCCUGCAGCCCGGCGAGGCAUUCACCGUCCGCAACAUCGCCUCCAUGGUCCCACCCUACGACAAGAUCAAGUACGCCGGCACCGGGUCCGCCAUCGAGUACGCCGUGUGCGCGCUCAAGGUGCAGGUCAUCGUGGUCAUUGGCCACAGCUGCUGCGGUGGCAUCAGGGCGCUCCUCUCCCUCAAGGACGGCGCGCCCGACAACUUCCACUUCGUGGAGGACUGGGUCAGGAUCGGCAGCCCUGCCAAGAACAAGGUGAAGAAAGAGCACGCAUCGGUGCCGUUCGAUGACCAGUGCUCCAUCCUGGAGAAGGAGGCCGUGAACGUGUCGCUCCAGAACCUCAAGAGCUACCCCUUCGUCAAGGAAGGGCUGGCCGGCGGGACGCUCAAGCUGGUUGGCGCCCACUACGACUUCGUCAAAGGGCAGUUCGUCACAUGGGAGCCUCCCCAGGACGCCAUCGAGCGCUUGACGAGCGGGUUCCAGCAGUUCAAGGUCAAUGUCUAUGACAAGAAGCCGGAGCUUUUCGGGCCUCUCAAGUCCGGCCAGGCCCCCAAGUACAUGGUGUUCGCUUGCUCCGACUCCCGUGUGUGCCCAUCGGUGACCCUGGGCCUGCAGCCCGGCGAGGCCUUCACCGUUCGCAACAUAGCCGCCAUGGUCCCAGGCUACGACAAGACCAAGUACACCGGCAUCGGGUCCGCCAUCGAGUACGCUGUGUGCGCUCUCAAGGUGGAGGUCCUCGUGGUCAUUGGCCAUAGCUGCUGCGGUGGCAUCAGGGCGCUCCUCUCCCUCCAGGACGGCGCACCUGACACCUUCCACUUCGUCGAGGACUGGGUUAAGAUCGGCUUCAUUGCCAAGAUGAAGGUAAAGAAAGAGCACGCCUCGGUGCCGUUCGAUGACCAGUGCUCCAUUCUCGAGAAGGAGGCCGUGAACGUGUCCCUGGAGAACCUCAAGACCUACCCCUUCGUCAAGGAAGGGCUUGCAAAUGGGACCCUCAAGCUGAUCGGCGCCCACUACGACUUUGUCUCAGGAGAGUUCCUCACAUGGAAAAAGUGAAAAACUAGGGCUACGGCAAUUCUACCGGCCCGCCGACUCCUGCAUCAUCAUAAAUAUAUAUACUAUACUAUACUACUACGUACCUACCGAUAUGCACCCGAGCAAUGUGAAUGCGUCGAGUACUAUAUAUCUGUUUUCUGCAUCUACAUAUAUAUACCGGAUCAAUCGCCCAAUGUGAAUGUAAUAAGCAAUAUCAUUUUCUACCACUUUUCAUUCCUAACGCUGAGCUUUUUAUGUACUAUAUCUUAUAUGAUGAAUAAUAAUAUGACCGCCUUGUGAUCUAAAGA